UUCCCAUUAUUGCGGCAUAAGUACCUGUACCUUACCGCACGGCUGACGAAGACAUCAUACCUACCUACUUUAGAUUGAGAAAACAUACCUUACUAUAUCUAGUUACCUUACCUAACAUACUCUCCACUCGUGUCACGUUAUUUGCAAGUACCAGCGCUUGCUCUCAUCCUUCAGCAGACUUCAUCCCUCUUCUUACACCCAACAAAUCGUGCCGAGCCUUUGUCUUCCACGCCGCAGCUUGUGUGGCCAUGAAGGGCGCAGCGUUUCCAUAAGUGUCGUUUGAAAUGGAGCCAAGCGGAACCGUGUCUACAGAUAUCGAGAGUAGAGCAGCCAGCUUGGCCAUGCCCUCGUCUCUAAAGCAUACAGCGCAGACCAAAUACAGUGCGAAGGCUGGACAGAUUCUAAACUCCUGCAAACGGAUGGACGUAGAGACGCUGAGGCUACUGGCAGCUUCUGAAGGAGGACUAGUCUCGGACGAGCUUCGCCAGCAGGCAUGGCCUCUGCUCCUUGGUUGCAAGGACCAAGACAACAUUACUGCGAAGAAAUCUGAAUGUAGGCAUUGGAAGUUACUGCCCAAACACCGGGACGAAGAUCAAGUCCAGCUGGACGUGGACAGGUCUUUCAUAUUUUACCCCAAAGACCAAACCCCUCGAGAUCUCGAACUCCGCAAAGCAGAGUUGUUGGACCUCAUCACCGAGGUUCUUCGCCGGCAACCGUAUCUCUCCUACUUUCAAGGAUACCAUGACAUCUGCCAGGUCUUCCUCUUAGUCCUCCAACCAGAAAUCCGUGCACAGGCUGUAGCACGACUUUCUGCGUUACGAAUAAGGGACUUCAUGUUACCUACAUUCGCACAUGCACUGACCCAACUGCACAUGAUUCCAGCUAUUCUCAGCACCGCCAGUCCCAAGCUUCGGGACCAUCUGUCGCUGACCCAGCCCUUCUUCGCACUUUCUGGUACGCUUACCAUGUACGCACAUGAUAUCCAAGAAUAUGGUGAGAUAGCACGUAUGUUUGAUGUCCUCCUUGCACGGGAGGCAGUCUUCUCGGUCUACAUGUUCACUCAAAUCAUUCUGCAACGAUCUCGUGAGCUAUUUGAGACUCCAGCGGACGAACCGGAAAUGCUUCAUUCUAUUCUCUCAAAACUACCAGCGCCUUUGGAUAUCGAGGCACUAAUAGCGAACACGAUCCAAUUGUUCCAAGAUCAUCCACCUGAAUCUUUGAGGAUGUGGUGGUCGAUCUCAAGCUCAAGCGUACUGAAGACCGCUCGUUGGCAUGACCAACUGUCCAGUCAAAGUAUGGAGGAAGGACAGCGUUAUUUUAUGAAGCAGUCCAAAGAACUUGAGUGGGCUGAGCGGCGUAAGCAGAUGCUGAAAACUUUGUGGAAAUAUCGAGGACCCGCCUCUGCCGUCGCGCUAGCUGUUCUUAUCGAGGUCGUUUCCUUCUGGUUGAAGAAAUCUGGGCGCCCGUAUGGGAUCCUCGGAAUGGUAUGGAGACAAUUCUCGGGUCAUCACGGUCACUGAAUUGUUUCAAAUCAAUCUGGACG